GCCGCCGCCCUUCGCCGACGAAGACGCGUAGGAGUUGCACCGUGCGCUGUACAAGCCGGUGGCGCUGGGGAUGUUUCGGUUCUUCGUGGAUCACGAAGACCACACUAUCGAGGAGCACUUCGUCGUUUACUACGUUAUCGCGCGGCCCAAGCCAGCGGAGAAGGAAGGGACGGUGGCGCUGUACCCCUUCGCCCCGCUCCAGACAAUCGAUCUGGGAUUGUUGGAGCUCAUACAUCUUGAGCUCCUCUCCAUUGUGCAAGUGAUCGCGAGCGAGGAGGAGGAGAUCCAACCACGAUUGCGGACGGCGACGGCCCCGCGGAGAACGUACAGCGCGGUCGUCAUCCCGGAUUACAUUGCGCAGCGCGCGGAGAGAUUGGAGGACUUCCCGAAGGAAAGGCCGUUGCGUCCUCCCUCGUCGUAUCCUCGACCAGCGCCAUCGAAGGCCCCCAAGAAGACGCCGAAGAGGAAGAGACGCCACCUGUCGCCAGGAGCGCAAGGCAGCAGGAUCGGCGGCGGUGAGGAGGUGAUUCAGCCCGCGCGUACGCGGAUUCCUGACCCUGUGCUUGGGAGUGCGGCGACGCUCGUUAAGGAGACUAUUGUGCCAUCGCCGCCCAUUCAGCGUGUGCCCGAUCUCAAUCUUGAUGGAGUCGGGCCAUCAUCAGCAGCAGCAGCCGGAGGAGGAAGCCGAAUGGGAUUUUCGGAUCCCCUAUCCAGACACCCCGUCCUCGCGGGACCUCUCCGUUCCCGCCAGCCACCCCGGGGUGCCCCGGUCAUUGACAUUAGUAGUUCAUCCGAGCCGGACGGUCCAUCCGACCGAGGUGGACUUCAUGGUGGAGCCCGCCACCAUCAGGCUCGAGGCCAUCGCGGGGGCGCCGCGCCCUGAUCCGGCGUGGGAGCCAUAUCUGACACCCCCUUUCCAAGGGUGUAUUGUGGUGUGAUUGGCUGGGACGCUCAUUAACGAGACCGGGCAGCGUCCAAACGCGAUGUACCACUUCCUGGUCUUCGCGGCGCAGAAGCGGGAGCGGCGGCCUUACACCGA